AUGACACCUAGCACUUUGACUUUGGAAAUGAAAGCCAAUGAGGCUGAUGAAUUUUUAUUAAAUCCGGAUCCAUUAAGAAUUGGUUUGUAUCCAAUAAAAUUCCCAGAUUUCUGGGAAUGGUACAAAAAGGCACAAGCUUCCUUUUGGACUGCCGAAGAAAUCGAUUUUAGUUUGGAUUUGGCACACUGGAAUAAGUUGACAUCUGAUGAACGUCAUUUCAUUUCGAAUGUUUUGGCAUUUUUUGCUGCGAGUGAUGGAAUUGUCCUCGAAAAUUUGGCACUGAAGUUUCUCAGAGAUGUUAAACUCCCUGAAGCUCAAAGUUUUUAUUCGUUUCAAAUAGCCGUGGAAAAUAUCCACUCAGAGACUUACAGCCUGCUAAUUGAGAAUUAUAUCAAAGAUGAGGCCGAAAGGACUAGAUUAUUCCGAGCAAUAGACACGAUUCAGGCCGUAAAGGAUAAAGCUAAUUGGGCAGCUAAAUGGAUCACUGAAAAUAAUGCAUUUGCUGAGAGAAUUGUUGCAUAUGCUGCUGUUGAAGGAAUCCUAUUUUCUGGGAGUUUUUGUGCGCUAUUUUGGCUGAAAAAGAGAGGUUUGAUGCCAGGACUUACUUUUAGUAAUGAACUUAUAUCAAGAGAUGAGGGAUUGCAUGCUGAUUUCGGAUGUUUUAUCUAUCAAAAUCUAAAGCAUAAGCUUCCUAAUGAAGCCGUUCAGCAAAUCAUCAAAGAGGCAGUUAUCGUUGAACGUAGUUUUAUUUGUGACUCGUUGCCAUGUGACCUUAUUGGAAUGAAUUCACAACUUAUGAUACAAUAUAUUGAAUUUGUCGCCGAUCGCUUGCUAAAACUACUGGGAGUUCCACCAGUUUACAAUGUUACAAACCCAUUCGAUUGGAUGGAUCUUAUUUCUGUUCAGGGAAAAACAAAUUUCUUCGAAAAACGUGUAGGAGAAUAUCAAAAGGCUGGUAUUAUGGCAAACCAAAAUGAACAAAAAUUUUCCACAGACAUAGAAUUUUAA